AUGUCCACCGCCACGCGGGCGGCGACUUUGCGCUCUCAGGCUUCGGCCUUCAGAGCCAUUUCCCAAGGGUCUCGGACUCUUUCAUAUUCCGCAUUGCCGGCUCAGACUUUGAAACUUUCUGGCAACAGCCAAAGGAACGCUCUUCAGCUGAACCAGCUCCCGGUAUCCCAGCUCGUUUCGCCGUUUGCCGCCCUCCCUUUGACUCGAUCUUUCCACGCUGCCACUCCUCUCUUCCAGCAACAGCAACAGCAAAAAUCCAAGGAGGAGAAGAAGUCUGAGGAAUCGCAGGGCGAGAAAGAGGAAGCCGGCAAGGAAGAGGAGAAGAAGGAGGAGGAUAAGAAGGACGAGGCACCUCCACCACCCCAUGGUGACAAGUCGCCCUGGCAAGUUUUCCGUGAUACCCUCCAGACCGAGUUCAAGGCUUCCAAGGAGUGGAAUGAGUCCACCAAGGCUCUGGCUUCCUCCGCGCAUGAGUUCAGCGAGAAUGAGAACAUCAAGCGCGCUCGUGCGGCUUACCAGGCUGCUUCGGGAGCCGCGUCUACCCGCACAUCCGAAGCUCUUAAGACGACCGGUCAGGUAAUUGGAAAGAGUGCUUCCUGGACUUGGAAUACUCCUGUCGUCAAGGGUGUGCGCAAGGGUGUCAGCGCUACCGGUGCUGGACUCGAGAAGGCCACGAGACCCGUGCGUGAGACUGAGGCCUACAAGAGCGUGAAAGAGGCCAUUGAUGAUGGCAGUAGCUCGCGCUACGGUGGAUGGAUUGAGAAGGAGGAGCGUCGCAAGCAGCGUCAACUCCGUGAAGAAAUGGAGAUCAAGGCUGGCAAGCGCCCCCUGCAACCGAUGGAGGAGGACCCAAACGCCGGUACCAACAUUACUCUUCACAAGGAUGCAGCUUGGAAGGAGUCAUGGAGCAACUUCCGCGACUCUAAUCCCAUGAUGCAGAAGCUCUUUGCCAUGAGGGAUGUCUACGACGAGUCUGAGAACCCGCUCAUCAGCACUGCUCGCAGCAUUACCGACCGCAUUGGUGGAUUCUUCGCAGAGAACGAGACUGCCAUGGUCGUCAAGAAGUUCCGUGAGAUCGACCCCAACUUCCAGAUGGAGGAAUUCCUGCGCGAGCUGCGCGAAUACAUGCUUCCUGAGGUUCUGGAUGCCUACGUCAAGGGUGACGUCGAGACCCUAAAGCUCUGGCUCUCUGAUGCUCAGUUCUCGGUUUACGCCGCUCUUGCCAAACAAUACACCACUGCCGGUCUGAAGUCUGACGGCCGUAUUCUGGACAUUCGUGGCGUUGACAUCUCCAACGCUCGUCUGCUGGAGCCCGGCGAGAUUCCCGUGUUUGUCGUGACUUGCCGUGCCCAGGAAGUUCACGUCUACCGCAAUGUCAAGACCAACGAGCUUGCCGCUGGUAUGGAGGACAAGGUUCAGCUGGUCACCUACGCUAUCGGCCUGACCCGUAUUCCCGAAGAAGUCAGCAACCCUGAGACCCGGGGUUGGAGAUUGAUUGAGCUGCAGAAGGCCGCUCGUGACUACAUCUAG